AUGGACAACUUCUUCACCAAGCGACCGUUACACCACAGUGAGAAGAUCCUCGAGCAGGUGCUGGAGUGGAGUUCUUUAGAUUUCCCUAGUUCUGCUUUUCUUGUUAUAAAGAAAUUCACAGGGUCCAAAAGAGUGGCAGACAAGAAAGCGGAUCAGAAGCAGUUUAUAAAAGGAGACUUUCUGAAGUUCAACGACGGAUCCUCCAAACUGCUGUCGGGGCACAAAUUCCAGGACAAAUAUGUUGUACUACGUGCCGAGAAUCUGCUGCUCUACAGAGAUAUCAAAGGCACUAAAGCAGAGAAAGUAAUCCAACUCAACUCUCUGAAUUGUUACCUGGGCCUGAAGAAAAAGCUCAAACCUCCAACCAGCUGGGGCUUCACUGUCUACACUGAUAAACAACAAUGGCAUUUCUGCUGCGAGACGAGGGAGGCACAGGUCAGCUGGGUGACGGACAUCAUCAGGAUGAAGUACGGUUCUGACCUGUGGCCAAUGACUACGAGUAACUCUAAAGAAGCUGCAGAUCCCAAAUACGCCAGAAGGGGAGAUGUGACUGAAGCCCGCAAUGUUCAAAAACACAACACCAGCAAACAGCCGGCAGCCAAGAGGUUCUCUCUUGUCGAGAGCACCCUAAAGCCGUUAAAGGACGCCAAGACCAACACCAGACCCAGCUACCCGAAGCCCAACGACGCGUUCAAGGCCCCAGAAGUCCCGUACCGAAGAACUUCAGUGGAUGCUGGCCAGGCGCAUUGCCCUGCCCCCCCCUCCUCAUCCAGACACCUGCAGCCCAUGGCUCUGCCUCUCCCCUCCCAGAGUGGCUUCAAGUCCCUCGGCAGGAGACCUGUUGUAGGGGCGGAGAGCAUGAUGCCGCCUAAUUUUCUAAAUGAACUCAACUCGGUGCUGACUAGCAAGACCAGUCGCAGUGCCAAGAGCAAUGACUGACACAGAAGAGAGGUAAGAGGAACAUUACAGGGUGUUUCAAGGAAAUAGGUGGAGUUUGAAACGAUGCAGAUGGAGCCAAAGUAUGGUGCUUAAGGUAGGGGGGGAUGGCUCCAACUGGGAUGUAUUAAGGGAUGUCGGUGCAGGUGCGAAAGACAUUGGAGGUCAUGCCGACCUCAGCUGGACACGACGCUGACCCAAGCACUACAAAGCGUGAUUUAUAUGCCGUUCUUCUUAAACAAGAACAUGUUGCAAAAAUAUGUCCGGCUGUCAAACCUUAGAAGUUUCCAGAACUCAUACCAAAGUGCUUGCUUCAUGCUUUUACUUUGACAUGCUGUUUUUUUACUACAUCUGACAAGUAUUAUGUUUUUUUUAUAAUCCUCAUACAGUGAUCUUUAGCUUGUUACUUAUUUUUGGCUAUUUUGUUUCUAGCACUUGCUACAAAAGCUACAGUAUAUCAAGGAGUUGCACACACAAACAAAUGGUCUUACUUUGUAUAGGAAGGCAAAGGAAAUAAUGCAUUCAAAUGUAAAAAGAGAGCUGAUAGCAAUGAGAUGCAAUAAUAGCUGAUAUAGGAGGGCAAUAUCACACGUUAUUAUUUAUUUGUAAUUAUUAUUUAAAUAUGUUUCAUAACAGUUCAAAGUAACCCACAGCUUUUUGAUUUCAUUUUUCUACGUAGCAUCGUUUCUUUUAAGCAUUUUAUUGUGUUUUGCUCAAUUUUAGCAAAUGUGAUUUAAAUGUACACUAUACAUAUGACAAUAAACAAUGCUUUCACUUGC